GAGAUGGAUGUAACCAAGGUAAGAAAAGCACAUGGGAUGCAGGGUUGUCGGGUAAGCGAUCGAUGUUCUUUCACCAUCAACGGAGGGGCUGGCCAAUCAACGACUAAAAGAAGCGCGCAACAGUCUACAGACUCCGUGCCGCUGUUUUAAUCAAUGCACGCGCCCUCCUCCGCGCGCCCGACCGAUUCUUCAGACAUACCAUCAUCUUCCCCGGUCACUGUCGACUUGUCACCUCUGGCCACUUGGCUUCCUACUUCCUGCACGCUAGUACUGCUCAGGAGCCUCGCGCAUGGCCUCUCCCUCGACGCAGCCGCCGCUGGACGACCUGCCAUGGCCUGAGCUCGGGAACGUUACGCGUGGGGCGACGCGCGGAAACCAGGGGCAGAAAGGAGUCCUCGGGCCACCGGACGAGGAAGGACGCUCCGUUCUACAGCUUCGCGUGCAACCCGGCGUCCUCGCAGUCAAGCUGAACAAGAAGACGAGCGAGUGGUACCGCAUCCUGGACACCGAAGUCAACAACGCGCUCAAGCAGACGAAGACGUACUGGCGGAAGGCGCGUCGGCGUCAGGACUACGAUGCACGGGCAGACCAGGACCACAUGGAGCUGCACGAGUGGUUGCAGCAGUUGAAAGACAAGACGAUGAGUCACCUGGAAGUUCUUAUGUCGAAGGGUAUCUUGAAUGGCCCGCCCUAUGUCCUACCCGAGGACGUAGAGCUCACCUUCCUGCGCAAGUUCAUCGAGCGCCAGGCGGCGGGCAUCCCUCACAACCCGCGACUCCGCAAUCGGACGAUCAAAGCCGACUUAAUCGUUGACCCGCGGACUGGCGCGUCGACGCCGUCGGACACGAUGGCUGGUGGCAGCAGCUAUGGCGAUCGCAACGCGCUCCCGAACACAUUGCACGACCCUGCACUUCGCUCCUCCAUGUCACCGGCGCUUAUGCAGAGCCUCGACCCGCUCGGUGACGAAUUGAACACUUCUAAACAGCUCCUCCAAGCAGCUCGGGCAACGCUUACGACGGCGCAGCAGGAGACACAAGAGGCCUACUCUCGCUACAUGAACUGCUUAGAGGCGGAACGCUGCGCGCGGCAAGCCGUCCAUCAGGCCGAAAGGCGGCGUGACGAUAUCAUGGGUGCUAUGAUAGCGCGUAGGAACAGUGCUUCGACAUUACCAGAGUCUAGCUCGCGCCACUCAUCAUUCUCGGAAGAGGGCGAAGACGGCAAGUUGAACAACAUGUCACGGUAUCAAGAGGCGGCUGACCUACAUCACCUCUCGGAAGUGGCCAUGAGAGUGCCGCCUGUGCCCAUACGGCAGGGGCCUGGUAGUGGAAUGGGCUGGGGAGUCGGGGGCGUAGGAGGAGGCAAUGCGCCCUACGUGGACCCCAACGUACAAAUGGAUGUGCGAAAACGUUCCUGGGAUCCGUCAACGGAACAACUCGAAUCGGACAUGCAGUAUGCCUGUGACAUAACCGGUAUGCCGCCGAGAAAACGCAUGCAGACCGAUUACUCGGAUGCAUUCCCAAAUUCCAUGCAAUCAAUGCCACGAUGAUGAUAGACCACCACACAACAAUCGCAUUCUUCACAGUCGGACGCUCGGAAUCUUAAGCAUCGCAUAUCUCAUUUAGUACUUAAUGUCGUCGUCACUGCUCUGCACAAGGACACCGCUUUUCGAUCCUCCUGUAUGCUAUCAGUCAAAGUGGGUAUGUAUGCUGCAUUUGAUUGGUCCGGA